AUAAUAUUACUAUUAGCAGUUAGCUUAACCUAAUAGCAUGUCACCAAGGACAUGACAGCGGGGCAGAGACGGGGUGCAGUGAAGUCCUGUCGUUAAAAGUGGAGUUGGUUGUGAAUUGUGAGGUUUUUAUGGGCCAUUAUGUCCACAAGGAGGAUGAGGAAAAAGCCUAUAGAUGAUGCAAAGACAUACAUUCUGUCUUGCACUGACAAGGAUGGGUUUAUGCCGAGAUUCAUUGACCAUUACAAAGGAAGAGGAGUGUUUGCCACACACCCCAUUGAACCCGGGGACUUCGUGUUGGAGUACAGGGGUAAACUCCUCACACAGGUGGAAUGCAAGUCAAGAAAAUACUCAGAGAUUGAAAGCACAUUUCUCUUUGACUUUCAGUGGCAGAAUCAUCACUUAUGCCUGGAUGCAUCUGAAGAAGAUGGAUCUCUCGGAAGAUUGGUCAAUGACAAACACAAAAAUCCAAAUUGCGUUAUGAAAAAAAUCAUAGUUGACGACAAACCACAUUUGUGCCUUUUUUCUCUGAAGAAAAUAGAAAUAGGAGAUGAAAUUGAUUACAACUAUGGCGAUUCAAAAUGGCCUUGGCGCAGUAAGUUGAAAAAAAACCAAGCUCCAGCCGCAGCAUUAGAGAAUGAGACUAGCCCUGUUCCUCAGAUGCUAAAUGAUGGACCAAACCCAGAUCAGACCUGCACACAGGUGAAAGGCCUUCAGACUCCAGCCGCAGCAUUAGAGAAUGAGACCAGCCCUGUUCCUCAGAUGCUAAAUGAUGGACCAAACCCAGAUCAGACCUGCACACAGGUGAAAGGCCUUCAGACUCCAGCCGCAGCAUUAGAGAAUGAGACCAGCCCUGUUCCUCAGAUGCUAAAUGAUGGACCAAACCCAGAUCAGACCUGCACACAGGUGAAAGGCCUUCAGACUCCAGCCGCAGCAUUAGAGAAUGAGACCAGCCCUGUUCCUCAGAUGCUAAAUGAUGGACCAAACCCAGAUCAGACCUGCACACAGGUGAAAGGCCUUCAGACUCCAGCCGCAGCAUUAGAGAAUGAGACCAGCCCUGUUCCUCAGAUGCUAAAUGAUGGACCAAACCCAGAUCAGACCUGCACACAGGUGAAAGGCCUUCAGACUCCAGCCGCAGCAUUAGAGAAUGAGACUAGCCCUGUUCCUCAGAUGCUAAAUGAUGGACCAAACCCAGAUCAGACCUGCACACAGGUGAAAGGCCUUCAGACUCCAGCCGCAGCAUUAGAGAAUGAGACUAGCCCUGUUCCUCAGAUGCUAAAUGAUGGACCAAACCCAGAUCAGACCUGCACACAGGUGAAAGGCCUUCAGACUCCAGCCGCAGCAUUAGAGAAUGAGACCAGCCCUGUUCCUCAGAUGCUAAAUGAUGGACCAAACCCAGAUCAGACCUGCACACAGGUGAAAGGCCUUCAGACUCCAGCCGCAGCAUUAGAGAAUGAGACCAGCCCUGUUCCUCAGAUGCUAAAUGAUGGACCAAACCCAGAUCAGACCUGCACACAGGUGAAAGGCCUUCAGACUCCAGCCGCAGCAUUAGAGAAUGAGACUAGCCCUGUUCCUCAGAUGCUAAAUGAUGGACCAAACCCAGAUCAGACCUGCACACAGGUAUUUACUGUCCAAGGAUUUUCACUGGUUGAUUAUCCAUAUAGUGAUGAAACUGAUGAGGAUGGUAUGGAAAACGAACCUCCCACCCCACACCUGGAUGUUAUUUUAGGGCAGAAUGAUAUUGGCCCAGAUGUUUCAAAUCAUUUGUACGAUUCAGAUGAAACUGUUGUGAAAGAAACUUGUGAUGAGGCUUCUCCAAGCAACCAUUCCAACAAUCAAUCGGAUGAUGAACUUGUUCCACCACUGAGACGCACAAAAAGCAUUAUGAUGGAUAGAGUACAAGAUUUUACCCACAGUCUCUAUGAUAGUGACAGCCCAGAGGAGACUACUUUUUUUAAGCCUGAAAGGGAUUCACAGAAGCUGAGAAGAAGGUCUUGCCGUCCCAUUCAGAUGAAUCUCAUGGAAUCGGAUGACUCAAACUUAGGUAGCGAAGAGGAGUAUAUUCCAAAUCCCAUAGAUGAAAGCACAGAAAGUGAUAGCAGUAUGGAAUUAACCCUGGGAAAGGAAAAAAAGAACAAAGGUGCAUCAUCCAGUCAGAGCAAGUUUAAGCCCAGAGAGAGAAGUAGAUCCUCCCGAGAGAGUAGAAGCGAGUCCUCCAGACAGAGCAAGUCUAAGCCCAGGGAAAGUGGAAGUAGAUCCUCCAGAGAGAGUAGAAGCGAGUCCUCCAGACAGAGCAAGUCUAAGCCCAGGGAAAGUGGAAGUAGAUCCUCCAGAGAGAGUGGAAGCGAGUCCUCCAGACAGAGCAAGUCUAAGCCCAGGGAAAGUGGAAGUAGAUCCUCCAGAGAGAGUGGAAGCGAGUCCUCCAGACAGAGCAAGUCUAAGCCCAGGGAAAGUGGAAGUAGAUCCUCCAGAGAGAGUGGAAGCGAGUCCUCCAGACAGAGCAAGUCUAAGCCCAGAGAGAGAAGUAGAUCCUCCCGAGAGAGUGGAAGCGAGUCCUCCAGACAGAGCAAGUCUAAGCCCAGGGAGAUUGGAAGUAGAUCCUCCCGAGAGAGUGGAAGCGAGUCCUCCAGACAGAGCAAGUCUAAGCCCAGAGAGAGAAGAAGUAGAUCCUCCCGAGAGAGUGGAAGCGAGUCCUCCAGACAGAGCAAGUCUAAGCCCAGGGAGAUUGGAAGUAGAUCCUCCCGAGAGAGUGGAAGCGAGUCCUCCAGACAGAGCAAGUCUAAGCCCAGGGAAAGUGGAAGUAGAUCCUCUAGUCAUAGCCAAUUUGACUUUAGCCAGAGAAGACUUUUGGAAAGAUGUCAUGAUCCCACACAAAGAUUUCCAAAUAGCAGAGUUGAUGGGAAUGAAAAGGAAAUCGCAACAUAUUCUGGAAACAACGUUUCACUGCCCCUGGAAGAAGAGCAGUAUAUCAUUGUCAGUCCAACUUUAAAGAAAGAUGAUGGAUCCAGAAGCUAUAACAAGAAACAUUUCUGCUUUUAUUGCAGGAAAUGA